AUGAAAUUAAAAGAAAAAUUUUACGAUAAACCAGAUGCCACAACGGUUUCUUUGCUUCAGUCUAUCAAAAUGAAUCCGUAUUUCUAGAAGCUGAUUUCAUUUUCAUUAAAUUGCCUUUUCUCAUAAAUGUAUUUACCUAACAACAAACAUCGAGAUAAUUCGAUCUACAUUUUCAAAGAGGGAUAUUCUAUUCUAAUUCAGUGUAUUGAUAAUCAUAGACAAAGUGAUCAAGUCAUUUAGAAUGUGUGUGGUUGUUUGAAUAGAAUGAUUGGUUUGCAUAAAUUUAGAGAUGAAUUCAUAGCCAGGAAUGUUAUUGAUAGCAAUCUCAGCUAUGUCAUCUCAUCAAUAACUAAUAGAUAACUAUCAUAGGAAGCCAUUAAGUCAACACUAGACUUAUAUUAAAAUCUGACCUUUACUUAGCUCCAAACGGAUUCGCUUGCAAAAUCCAAUAUUUUAGUGGGAUUCGUCUAAAUUUUAAUAGUUUCCAAACCUUUAAUUUUAGAGAUGAAAAGGAUAUUCGAUUUGGAAUAUAAAAUGCUAAUUUAGGAAUGUACAAUUGAAAAUAUGAAUAUUCACGAACUCAUUACCAUCUAUAUUUAAUUGAUGUAAGAGUACAUCGAUAAUAUUUUUGUUAUAAAAGAAUCUUUAAGAAUAUUAUUGCUUUUAGUAAAUAAUCAGAAUGCACUAAAAGUAAUAAAAUAGAAGCAGUCAAUUCCUUUAAAAAUAAUGAGUGAGAUUUUAAUCUAGCAUAAUGAUAUCGAUGUAAAUGACAAAGGAGCUUAGAUUCUCUAGAGCAUCAUAAACAUAGAAUAAAUCUAAUAAAGUAUCCAAUCAAUUAAAUCACUUGAUUAAUAAGCUGAGUUUUCCAUGAGUCUUGUUGCAUGCUUGAUACCAGCUAUUCAUAAUUAAAUCAAUUUAGAUGAACUAAUUAAUAUAUUAUUUGACUUAGUUAAAGGAUACAAGAAAAUAAUCAAAAGAAAACCAAUCCUAAGAGAUGCUCUUAACUGUUUGAGCAGACUCUAUGAUCAAGAUCAAGAUUAUGCUAUCAAAUUGAAAUAAUUUUUGGCUCUAAUGAUGGAAUUAUAUGAAAACGAUGAUGCUGAGGUAGUGGCUGCUUCAUUCGAUCUUAGUAGAAAACUUGGAACAAAUCUUACCAUAGAGGAACUCAAUAAGAUAAUUGAAAAGGUUAUUGCUUAAUUAGCAUAAUUGAAAGGCGUUAAAGAUGGACUUCGAUUAUUAUUGACUUAUGCAAGCAAGAAUGACAAGACUUUUAAAGCUAUUGCUAAAGGAAAGGAAGCCUUUUUUAAAAUUAUUGAAAACGUUAACAAUCAAACUUCUUAAGAGUACAAUUCAAAAUUAUUAUUACUAAUCCAUCAAGAGAUAAAAGAUUAUUUAAUAAAGAAACUUUCUGUCAUAGUUCAAUUUAUUCAAAAACACUAUCUUUGGAAAAGAUCAUUACUGUAUUACAUAUAGAUUUUAAAUAAAUAUCCUGAAUAGGUAGCCUAACUAAAAUCAAAUUUAAUGAUUUCUAUUCUAUCAUGUAAAAAGAACAAAGAUUACAUUAGCAUUGUCAGUACUUUAAAACAGGUGAAAACUGAUUCAGAACCUGAGGAAGAUGAUCCAGAAGAAGUUGCUAUAGAAUUUCAGUAGAAUGAAGAAUUAGAACAACAAUUUAUCAUUUUAGUUAGAAACUUAACCAAAUAAGAUGAUGUAAAAGCAUUGUAGAAAGAAAUCAUAGGGAAUAAAUUUAAUGAUGAGCUCUCCUAGGUUAUGCUUGAGAUUCAAUUGCUUAAACUCUCUUAUUAUGUGUAAAUUGAAGGAACUUUUUACUUGUAAAAUGAUUAUUUCACUGAAUUAAUGAAUUACUUGUUGAAAUUUCUUAAAUCUUAUAAAGCUGAUAUGAUAGAUAUUGUUUAAUGCAUAUUUCUAUUGUUGUAGACCAUGUCAACUUUGUAUUGGAAUGAUAAAACUGGUACUCUAUACACUCAAAAGAAAACAUCUUAGUUAUGUUUUGACUUUUUGUUUCAAUCACUAGAAAAUGAAGAACUAUUGGACUCGAGUUUGGACACCAUACUAUUCAUGGGUUAAGGCUGCAAGAAUACAAAUAGAAAGCAACACUACUUGCUGGACAUUCAGGAUAAUCAAUAUGUUAUUUAAUUAAUAAGCUAAUUGUAAAUCUUGAUGAAAAAAUAUGUCCAAAAAGAGAGAAUUUAGUUGAAAAUCUUGGAUGUUAUUAAGAUAUAUCUACUUUUUGAACUGUUUAAAUAGAAUGUAAGAGAUCUCCCAAAAAUACUAUGUAGAAAAUUACCAGAAGACACAACUACUAAAGAAAUGGGAUUAGAAACCAUUUAAAUAUUAUCUGACAUUAAUUACACUGAUAAUGCACUUAAAUAUGUUACAUUGUUUUAAUUGCAGCAUUAAUAUGAUAUUGAAGUCAUCAAUUAAGUUAUUCCUUAUAUUGAUACAGUGUAAAAAUAUGAGGGGGAUUCCUUUUUAACAGAAGAGAUGAAGAAAUAAAUAAAAUAGAUGAUUCAGUAUUUCGAAGAAAUGGAGGAUCCAGAAGUGGGAGCUGAAUAUAUGGACAAGCUGAGUGUUUAUUCCACAAUUCCAUAAGCCUUAGAAUAUGAAUUUGAUUGCAAUAUCCUUGAUGCCUUAGUAAAUGUUCUAAAAUACUGUGAAUUAGAGAAGAAUAAUGAUAGGUUAUUAUGUUCUUCAAUUAAUAUCUUAACUUAAAUGUUGAUAAAUAAUUACAUUGAGCCAAUAGAAUUGGAUAAGUGCUUCUAAUUCUUAUAACAAAAAAGACAUAGUGAAAAUCCUGUAAAUUUAUUGACAUUCUAUCUUUCCAAAGGGGAGGCAGUAAUUUAGACAGAUUACCUUUAAUUUAUAUUGGAUCUGAUGGAAGAAUACUAAAAUAACAAGUUUGUAAUAGCUAAUUUAUAUGAUAUAUUGUACAGGUCUUGUUUGAAGUCGAAAGAUAUUAGUAAAAUCCUGGGAGAUAAAAGAUUUAUUUAGAAAUUAAUAUUACAAACUUAAGAAUUAGUAAUUGAAUAAAGCAAUGAAGAAUAAGCGAAAAAGAACCUAGCCUGGUUAGAAAUUUUAUCCUAAUCUGAACCUGUGGCUCUUAGAAUCUAAAGGGAAAAAGGUAGAGAAUUAUGUUAGUUAAUAAUUAAAUAAAAUAGUGGUCAUAUUAUGUUUGCCUUUAAAAUAUUGGCCAAUUUGGCUAAAUUUAGUUAGUCUAUUCCUUUAAGCUUUUUUCUGGAUUAUUUAAAAUAAAACUAAUUUCCUUUAGAAAUAUUAACUUCUCUUGAUAUUAUAUUCGAAAAUGAGGAGAUGAAACAAGAGUUUCUAAAAUAAAAUGGUUAAUAGCUCUUGCAUUAGUGGUAAAAUGAUUAUCCUGAUUAAUGUGAGAAACUGCAUCAACAUUUCAAACCUAAAUAACCUGUGAUACCGAGAUAAUCACUGUUAAAAUAGAGACAAUCAUUAUUAUAAUAAAAAUAAUUAUUAUUGUAGCUGAAAUAAGAAAAAGAGGAAUAGGAGAAAUAAUAGAAAUUAGAGUAAAGUCAGGACAAAGAGAAUAUUAAUGAGAGUUAGUAGAUGAUUCAAUAGAACCAAUUGCCUGAAUAGAAUUAAUAAUUAAUUAAGGACUGUUUAGAAUUAGCAGUCAAGAAUCCUUAGUAGAUAAUAGAUGAAGGGAUGUUAGAAAGAUUAUUUUCAAUUGAGGAUUCUUGGGAGGUGUUUAGAAGGUUAACUAAACAUCAAGAUAUAGCUGAAUAGGUUUUAUAGCCAAAUUCAAAAUUGUAUUAAAAUACUCUUGAAGAAUUGAAGAAUUAAGAUUCUAAAUUUGCUGAGUAAGUGUUAGAAACAGCGGGCUAAAUCUCUUAAGUCCCUGAAACACUUAGUGAAUUUGCUUAGACUGAGGGGCCAGUUUAAAUGGUGAACUUAAUAUAACAUUAAGCUGAUAAUCCAAAAGUAGUUGAGGCAGGUUUAGAAGCUUUAAAAAAAUUAUGUCAAGAUGAAAUGAUUUUAAGUACAAUAGGAGAUUCAAAUGGAAUUGAUUUAUAAAAAGAUUUACUCAGUAAAUAUUAGAAUAAUAUUGAAAUUAUUAAGAAGUGCGAUGAAAUGAUCUAAUAAUUAUCGGUAUCUGAGUCUUAUUAGGAUAAAAUUGCUGAAUUAGGGAUCAUUUAAUAAUUGAUUGAAUAAAUAAAAUAACAUCCUAAUACUCUUGAGGUUGUGUAACCAGCUAUUGAAGCUUUAGCAAAAAUUGUCUAUAGAAAUGCAGAUAAUGGAACCGUAGUGAUGGAGAGUAAAGUUUUAGAUGAAAUUCUGCAAUCCGAAAUUUUAGAUGAUUUGGAAGAAUCCUUACUGACUUUGAUCAAUAAUAUGUGCUAUAAGAAUGAGGAGAUUAAAAAAUAGAUGAAAGUGGAAUAUCUUAUCUAAAUUUUGAGAAAGAAUAUUUAGUGUUUUAAAUAAAAGUCUUUCGAGCAAUGUGUAAAUACAUUAUUUCAUUUGGCUUCAUAUACAUAAAAUAUCUAAAAAAUGAUUGAGUAGAAAUUAUUAGAAAUUAUCAAUGAAUUCAUCAAAAAGCAUCAAAAGGAAGUUGAUUCCAUUUUACUAUUACUUAAUUUAGAAUUGAAAAUAGCUGCUUAAAUAAAUGUUCCAAUUGAUAUACAAACUGUAGAAUGCACAUUGAUAUGUUUGUAAGUUGAAAAACUUGAAUAAUAAGCUCUACGUCUAAUCAGAUAAAUCUUAGCCAAUUGUUAUCAGUUUAUUGAUAAAUUAAAUGGAUUCACUUAGAUUGCCAAUAUUUUGAAGAAAGCAGAAUAAAGUUCUUGUGUUCUUACUCUUGAUGUUAUGCUAAAGAUGGCAGCCAUUAAUAAGGAAUCAAUCUCUAAGUUUGAGUAAUUAAACGUAGGUCUAGACUUUUCAGAAAUAUUGAGAGUGAAUAAAAACGAUAAGAAAUUAUAUGAUUAAAUUUUAGACUACAGUUUAAAAUUGUUUAACAAAACUAAUGAAUUAGCAAAUUAAUUAAUGAUAUUUAUUUAGUAAAAUGAGGUUACUGAAUUACAAAUUGAUAAAACCUUGUUAAUUGUGGAAUAGGUGGAUGACAAUGAAAACUUUAUACCUAUAUUAAUUGAAUUGAUCUAAAAGAAUAAUCACAAGCAUACGAAAACAAUUAGUAUCAUUCUAUCCAGAGAAUCAAAGGUCUAUCCUAACCAAAUAUUUGUAAAUAAAGGAAUAGAUGCUUGUGUAGCAGAGGUCUUAGGUACAAAAGAAAAAGAGGUUCUGAUGAAUGUAAAUCCUUUGCUUUUCUUUUAGCUAGCCACAAUUAUACUUGAUGUUGCAAAAUCCUUGGAAGAAUACAGAUAAAAUAUAGCUGAAUAGUUUCUAAAUUAAUUGGAAAAACUUAAUGAGCCAGUCUUAAAUGAAUUAAUUAAAUUCUUAUAAGGACCCAAAAAGCAAUUAUCCAAAUUAACUGAUGAAAUCAAAAACUUUUUAUAAAAAGGAGAGAUUCUAAAAAUGUAUAAGGAAGAUGGUAGUCGAGGUUAUUAUAGGUUCUUUUGCGAUGAAACUCUUUAGCAAAUAAGAUGUAGAUAAGAAAGUACAAAAUUGGUUAAACAAAAAUGGAUCUUGAAAUUAAACUAAAUUCAAGAAAUUAAAGGAAAUUACGACAAAAAAUCCUUAUCAUCAAGUGCAUUUGAAAAUCAAAAUUGGUUGGUUAAAUAAAUUCAUAAAAUGAAGCAUAAAGUAAUUGAGGCUGAUAGAUGUUUCACAUUAUUUGCAUAAAAGAAUGUGAAACCAAAAACAUUAAAUGCACUUUGCAAAUCAGAAAGCUAAAAAAACAAAUGGGUUGAAUACAUUAAAAUUUUGAUUGAUGAAUAACCACUUUUAAUGUAAUAAUGA